AUGGUGCAGACUUCUUGUCAUCUCUGUCAUUCUUAUGCAGACUCUUCAAGAUGUCACCUAAUAUACCUUGGGAUAUCUUGGGAUGCAACCAUCUGCAACCCCAGACAGUUCAGACAGUUGGCACUUCAGGGACUCUCCAAGUACCACGACAAGAAUCCCUAUGCCUUCGGGGAUGGCCCGCCACUUCAGUAUGACCCAGCAGAGGCCACAACUAUCAUCAUGGGUGGAAACUCCAACUGGCGCGGUCCUGUUUGGUUUCCCAUCAAUUACCUUCUCAUUGAGUCCUUGCAGAAGUUUCAUCAAUACUAUGGGGAUGAAUACCUCAUCGAGUUCCCAACAGGUUCUGGACAGAAGAUGAACAUCUUGAAGAUCGCCGAUCAGCUGUCAGAGCGUCUCAUCCACAUCUUCGAAAGAGACAAGGAUGGUUAUCGACCGGCCAUGAACUUGCACCCGAAGAUGAAGGAGGAUCACUUUCACGAAAACAUUCUGUUUUACGAGUACUUCCACGGAGACACCGGAAGAGGUGUUGGCUCUUCCCAUCAAACAGGUUGGACAGGUCUCGUGGCCAAAUUGAUUCAAGCUCGAGGACAAGAGGAUGCACAUGAGUCUUAG